UGAUCUCACGGAGAUUGGAGAAAGGGGUGUUAACAUAAGUGGGGGACAAAAGCAGAGAGUUUCUAUGGCUAGGGCCGUCUACUCAAAUUCAGAAGUGGUCAUAUUAGAUGACCCGUUAAGUGCCCUUGAUGCACAUGUUGGUCAACAGGUUUUUGAGAAAUGCAUAAAAAGAGAACUAGGGAACAAAACGAGAGUUCUUGUUACAAACCAGCUCCACUUCCUAUCACAAGUGGAUAAAAUUCUACUUGUCCACGAGGGAACAGUGAAAGAGGAAGGAACAUACGAAGAACUUUCCCAAAGUGGCCCAUUGUUCAAGAGGUUAAUGGAAAACGCUGGGAAGGUUGAAGAAUAUUCGGUUGAAAAUGGAGAAGCAGAAACAGAUCAAACGUCUGUAAAACCAGUUGAGAACGGCGACACUAAUAAUGUGCAGAAGGAUGGAGUGGAGACAAAGAAACCCAAAGAAGGAGAAACCUCUGUGCUCGUUAAGCGAGAAGAACGUGAAACUGGAGUUGUGAGUUGGAAAGUUCUGAAGAGGUACCGGGAUGCACUUGGAGGUGGCUGGGUGGUGAUGACGCUGCUCAUAUGCUACGUCUUGACUCAAAUAUUUCGAGUGUCAAGCAGCACUUGGUUGAGUGAGUGGACUGAUGCUGGAACUCCAAAGAGUCAUGGACCCCUCUUCUACAAUAUUAUCUAUGCUAUUCUCUCCUUUGGACAGGUCUUUGUGACGUUGACCAAUUCAUAUUGGUUGAUAAUGGUCAGUCUCCAUGCAGCUAAAAAGAUGCAUGACGCUAUGCUUGGUUCCAUACUAAGGGCUCCAAUGGUCUUUUUCCAAACCAAUCCGUUAGGAAGGAUAAUCAAUCGAUUCGCAAAAGAUACGGGUGAUAUCGAUAGAACGGUGGCAGUCUUUGUCAACAUGUUUAUGGGUUCAAUCGCCCAGCUACUUUCAACUGUUAUCUUGAUUGGCAUCGUCAGCACUUUGUCCCUCUGGGCCAUCAUGCCUCUCUUGGUCGUGUUUUAUGGAGCUUAUCUCUACUAUCAGAACACAUCUCGUGAAAUUAAACGUAUGGAUUCCGUUUCAAGAUCUCCCGUGUAUGCUCAGUUUGGAGAGGCAUUGAACGGUUUAUCAAGUAUCCGUGCUUAUAAAGCAUACGACCGUAUGGCUGAGAUAAACGGGAGAUCAAUGGAUAACAACAUCAGAUUCACGCUUGUAAACAUGGGUGCAAACCGUUGGCUAGGAAUCCGUUUGGAAGUUCUGGGAGGCCUCAUGGUUUGGUUAACCGCUUCGUUAGCCGUCAUGCAGAACGGUAAAGCAGAGAACCAACAGGCGUUUGCAUCCACGAUGGGUUUGCUACUCAGCUACGCUCUGAGCAUCACCAGCUCGUUAACGGCUGUGCUGAGACUCGCGAGUCUUGCCGAGAACAGUUUGAACUCGGUCGAGCGCGUUGGAAACUAUAUCGAGUUGCCAUCGGAGGCUCCUUUGGUUGUUGAGAACAACCGUCCACCUCCUGGAUGGCCAUCGUCUGGUUCUAUAAAGUUUGAAGAUGUUGUUCUUCGUUACCGUCCUGAGUUGCCUCCUGUGCUUCAUGGGGUUUCGUUCUUUAUCUCUCCGAUGGAUAAGGUGGGGAUCGUUGGAAGGACAGGCGCUGGGAAGUCGAGCCUCUUGAAUGCUUUGUUCCGGAUCGUGGAGGUGGAGAAGGGAAGGAUCUUGAUCGAUGAGUGCGACAUUGGCAGGUUUGGACUGAUGGACCUGCGUAAAGUGCUUGGAAUCAUACCUCAAGCGCCUGUUCUUUUCUCAGGUACCGUGAGAUUCAAUCUUGACCCUUUUAGUGAACACAACGACGCUGAUCUUUGGGAAUCUCUUGAGAGGGCUCACUUGAAAGAUACUAUCCGGAGAAACCCUCUUGGUCUUGAUGCUGAGGUAUCUGAGGCAGGAGAGAACUUCAGUGUUGGACAGAGACAGUUGUUGAGUCUUGCACGUGCACUGUUGCGAAGAUCCAAGAUACUUGUCCUUGAUGAAGCAACCGCUGCUGUUGAUGUUAGAACCGAUGUUCUCAUCCAGAAGACCAUCCGAGAAGAGUUCAAGUCAUGCACAAUGCUAAUCAUCGCUCAUCGUCUCAAUACCAUCAUCGACUGUGACAAAGUUCUCGUUCUUGAUUCCGGAAAAGUCAAGGAGUUCAGCACACCGGAGAAUCUUCUAUCGAACGGAGAAAGUUCAUUCUCGAAGAUGGUUCAGAGCACAGGAGCUGCGAAUGCUGAGUACUUGCGUAGUAUAGUGCUUGAUAACAAACGUAACAGAGAUGCUAACGGUGAUGGUGGUGAUGAUUCAUCACAACCUUUAGGAGAAGGGCAGAGAAAAUGGCGAGCGUCUUCUCGUUGGGCUGCAGCUGCUCAGUUCGCUUUGGCCGUGAGCCUCACUUCAUCUCACAACGACCUUCAAAGCCUCGAAAUCGAAGAUGAUGACAGUGUUUUGAAGAGAACGAAAGACGCUGUAGUCACUCUGCGCAGUGUUCUCGAAGGGAAACAUGAUAAAGAGAUUGAAGAGUCUCUUGUUCAACAUGAUAUCUCGAGAGAGCGUUGGUGGCCAUCUCUUUACAAAAUGAUCGAAGGGCUUGCGGUGAUGAGCAGAUUGGCGAAGAACAGAAUGCAACACCCGGAAUACAACAUAGAGGGGAGAUCGUUUGACUGGGACAACGUUGAGAUGUAGGGGAAGAAAGGCUUUACAUAAGUUGACCUAAAGGUCUCAUUUUAUGAACUUGUCGACUUGUUUCUUGUAGUACACGGAACAAUAUGUCCAUUUAAAUGCAAUUAUGUACACAGCCAAAAAAGAAUCAGUUUAAUUUAGUCAAGUUUCUAAAAUC